AUGAAGCGCACGAAAACAUCAGCAAAGAAAAACACACAAGAAGCGGGUUCGUCACAGCUGGAGAAGCAAAGGCCAAAGAAGUGGGAUAAGUCUGAUACCACCCACUACAACAACAUGAAGAAGGUAGCCGUUCCGGCUACACAACUAGCAUGUCCUGAGACGAUGACAAUAUUGGGAAUCCAAGCAGACAUUGAAGGACUGUUCCAGAACAUGGGUCUAGGCCAACUAUGCAACCUCAAGGAACCCACUUAUCCGGAGUUGGUACGCCAGUUCAUAGCAUCCGCAUACGUCACCCGUCCCGAUGAUAGCCAUCGGGAAGGUUUUCUGGCAUUCGUAGUGCAGAAAGUAUAUUAUGAGGUAUCUUUCACAGACCUCUGCGGACUAUUUGGAUUGAGUGCAGGGGUGAGGACAUCUGGUCUUUAUUGGACUUCAGAGCUGUUGAACUUCUGGGAAACGAUUGGCACAGGGGUUUAUAGAUCUUCUCAGGCAAAGGAGUCACUUAUCCGGAGCCCAGUACUGAGAUAUGCGACACGCCUCAUUGGCUCAUUGCUAUACGGGACAACCACAGCCGCAUCAGUCACGCAAAGGGAGUUGUGCCUCUUGUACCAUGGUGUGAGGCAUUUGCUACCGGCAUUUGGAAACUCUACAUUCCCACCUGCUACUGCCUUCAACAUGGGAGCGGUGCUGGCCGCGAACUUAGCAGGAUACAAAGGGAAAGUAACCAAAUCCAAGAGCAGUGCAUGUGGAUUUGGUGCAGUGAUUACUCGGAUCCUUACACAUGUGGGUGUAGACUGCGAGAACCAUCAGGUAGCACUGGACAGUUCGAACAACAUUGUUUGGAACUACUUGGAUGUCAUUUCUCUAGUAAGUAAGGAGUUCAUAGCUGGUCCCCACUCGAGGAUCCAUCGGGAUGGUCCUUACGUCUACGUAUUCCAGGACCGAGCGAAGAAAACACUCUACUGCCACCUACCUCAGAUCGGUCUCACUUCUCUACUUUCAGAGCUUUGUCUUGCUAAAUAA